AUGCCUGCCUCUAAACAGUCUGGCCGAAUCGGCAGAAGCAAGUCCAAAACGGGAUGCGAUACCUGCAAAAUUCGCCGUGUGCGCUGCGGGGAAGAAAAGCCACGUUGUGUAAGAUGCAUCAGCACCGGUCGACAGUGCAGUUACGGCGCGUCGUCUCUAUCAAAAUCCACCGUGCCCUUGAAUGUUGCUGCUCGUACUUUUGCUUGUCUUCACACGCAUUUGACAACCUCGUUUCCUACCUGGGUUGAGCCACAGACUGGAUGGCGAGAACGGCGCGCCUUUGAGUUCUAUUUCCACCAGGCUGGCCCUUCACUUUCCGGCGACCUCGAUCUCUAUUUCUGGAGAGGCUGCGUCCUGCAGACAUGCCGCCAGGAACCCGCAGUGUGGGAUGCAAUAAUCUCGCUCAGUGCAUUAUACGAGCGGCCACCCCUUCUCGAAACACCGCCAUUUUGGCUUAUCAAUAAUCCAGCGACAGUGCGAAGUCACUCCCAUCGCGAAGCAUUGGUCUGGUAUUCGCGCUCCUUGGCCGUUUUACAGCAACGGAUAAACCAAGGUACUGCCAAUUUGAGUGUCUCAUUAAUCAGCUGUAUUCUAUUUAUCGCUAUCGAGCUUCUCCAGGGCAAUCGAAAAGCAGCUUUGGGUUUGUACAAACAGGGAGCGCAACUGAUGAUCAAUGCCGACCGUGAGCCCUGGAUCACCACUCUUACACCAAUCUUUCGCCGACUAGGCACAUGGGUACUCAUCAAUGACGGCUCCUCAAGGGAUGGUUGGAACCUGAAUCUGAUCGCCCCGAGUGAGUGUUUCGGGUCCAUCGACGAGGCCAGGAACGUCCUCUGUGGGAUUGUGGCCGAAAUGAAGACCUUGAACAAUGCUACUAAGUCUCAUUGGAAGCAAGCAGCCGAGAGUCGCAAAUACGAAGUCCCAUUCUUGGAGGCAAAACAGCAGCAUCUUAAACAACGACUUGGCCACUGGCACCGACGUUUGAUGUCUUUGAAAUCCUCCGAGAUAUCUGGCUCUAACGAAGUGGUCAGCAGUAUCGAUGGCGCAACUGCACUCCUACUCAUGACUUAUACAAGUGUUUUGAUUGAAAUAGAAACUAGUCUCAGCACUGAUCAAACUGCAUAUGACGCACACGAACCCGAGUUCAACCAAAUCCUCCGCUACGCACCCGCUGCCAUUGAAUCAACCCGCAGCUCAAACGGAAAGCAGCCACCCUUUCUGUUCGAAACAGGAGUUUUUCUUCCACUGUUUAUUACAGCACUCAAAUGUCGAAUUCCCCAGCUGCGUCGUCAGGCCCUGCGGCUCAUGUUGGAGGAAGCACCACCAGCUCAAGGAUUGUUCAUGUGUCGACCUGCAGCUCACGUUGUGGCCGCCAUUGUUACGCUGGAAGAAACCCCUAGAACGAGGAUUGAAAAAGCCUCUGAAGUUGAACACCUUCUCUCAAGACCGGGCUGUAUCCCUCCCUCUCAGAAUCGUGUGUGGGACUUUAGUCUGUCUUCGGAUAAGAAUCGGGACGGACAUAUUCAGGUCGGGCUGGAUUAUAGUCUUCGCGACGUUGAUGAUGAAGAGGGGCGGAUCCGGUUCACCCAGCGGAGGAUACUGUUCCCGGGCAUCAACGGCCCCUUGUAUGAUUCAUGA